UUCUUCAUUGGAUUCUAUAUAAACAACCUUCUUCAAUGCUAUACCUACCAACCUUAACCAUUAAAGCCAUAUUAAAAGAGUUUAGUGAGAAUCACAGAGUUAUCCUGUCCUCAGAAUAGUUUUUGUAAAAAUAAGGAACCAUCAAUGGCUGUUUCAUCUUGUCAGUCAAUCAUGUCAAGCUCUAUGAGCAUCUCAAGCAGGCCUAGAGUUAACCAAUUUAACAGCAUCCCUUCCGUGCACAUGCCAGGCUUGAGAAGGAAUGCUAGCCUCAAAGUUCGGUCCAUGGCUGAGGGAGAGCCGAAAGAGCAAUCAAAGGUGCCUGUAGACCCAACUACACCAAUUGCACCAACACCAACACCAACACCAACACCACAACCAGCCUAUACUCGUCCACCAAAGAUGAGCACCAAAUUUUCGGAUUUGAUGGCAUUUAGCGGGCCAGCACCUGAAAGGAUCAAUGGAAGGUUGGCUAUGAUUGGUUUUGUAGCAGCAAUGGGGGUGGAGAUAGCAAAAGGGCAGGGUUUGGGUGAACAGUUAUCUGGUGGUGGAGUCCCAUGGUUCUUGGGGACAAGUGUGUUGUUGACACUUGCUUCAUUGAUUCCAUUUUUGCAAGGUGUUAGUGUUGAGUCUAAAUCUAAAAGUAUCAUGUCCUCAGACGCAGAGCUUUGGAACGGAAGAAUCGCUAUGUUAGGUUUAGCUGCUUUGGCUUUCACAGAAUUUGUUAAGGGUACAUCCCUUGUGUAAGAGAGUUCUUUGGAAACGCAUUUAAGGUCUAUAGGAAUAUUUUAUAUAGAAAAUAGUUCUUUGGAAACGCAUUCUAGAAAUCCUUUAUGUAUAUUCUUAUGUAGUUACUCCUCUGAGGUAAUUCUAUGUACAAGAGAGAGUGUAAUUGAACUCUCUUUACACUUAAAAAGAGCUUCUCUAAUUUCUUCCACUGAAUAAAAGUCUUUUACUUUUGCCCAA